AUGAGCUCCCCAGGGCAGAUUUCAGACCAUGCCAAUUUCGAAAUCGAGGCGGAUGAACUGAACGAAGCAGAUUCGACACUGGGGGACGAUAUUUCUCAAGCUACCGAAUCUAUCCGGUCCAGCCUGCACCAGGGGGUCGUGGAAAAUGGGCGACAAUACCACAAAUACAAAGAUGGCUCGUACAUUCUUCCCGAGGACGACAUGGAACAAGAGAGACUAGACCUACAGCAUGAGAUGUUCCUCAAAUCCUUCGGCCGCAAACUGUAUCUGGCCCCCAUAGACUGCGAGCUCCACGAGGUUUUGGACCUUGGGACGGGCACUGGAAUGUGGGCAAUUCAAUUUGCGGACGAGCAUCCCCGGUCGAGCGUCCUCGGCAUCGACCUGAGUCCCAUGCAGCCAACGUCGGUCCCGCCGAACUGCAAGUUCGAAGUGGACGACUUCGACACUCCGUGGGCGUUUCAAAAGCAAUUUGACUUCAUCCACGGUCGAAUGCUGCUCACUGCCAGCGCCGAUUUUCCCGCGUUGUUCCGUCGGGCGUACGAUUCGCUGAAGCCAGGGGGGUGGUUCGAAAUGCAAGAUCUCUACAUGCCGCUCCUAUCGGACGACGGGACUUUAGAGGGCACUGCGUUUGGAGAAUGGAAUGAGAAAUACAUGGAAGCUUGUGCGGUCCUCAAAAGGGAUCCCUCGUGGACAGCGAAGUACAAGGAAUGGAUCACGGGAGCAGGCUUCACGAACGUGAAAGAACAAAUCUUCAAGUGGCCCAUUAACCCGUGGCCGAAAGACAAGUAUCUGAAGGAGAUGGGCCUUUGGAACAUGGUCAACAUGCUCGACGGGUUGGAUGGAUUCACCGUUAGACUGUGGACGGUGGCCCUAGGAAUGGCAGUUGAGGAUAUCCAAGCCUUCCUCGUCUCGGUGCGGAAGGACAUCAGAGACACCAAGAUUCAUUCCUACUGGCCCAUACAUGUCGUCUACGGCCAGAAGCCCAAGUAA